AUGGCUGCUGCUAAUGAAACAUGGGGAAGUCUUUUAGAUAACUCUUACGGAGGAUAUGAUUAUACUUUUGUUGAUGGUGACCCACCAAGCAACUACAUCUGUCUCAUAUGUACUUUAGUGUCACGUGAUCCUCAUCAAGUCUCCUGCUGCUAUAACAUCUACUGUAAGAGUUGUCUGGAUAAGCACAGGAAGAAAUCCUCAUGGAAUGGGAGAUUCAGCUGUCCUGCUUGUCGUGAGCUAUUGGAUACAAGGAGCUAUUUUAAAGAUGGAAGGUUGGAGCGUGAGAUAAAGGCCCUUCAAGUUCAAUGCACCAUUGAGGAGUGUGACUGGAAAGGAACUAUUAGUGAUAUUGAAGCACAUGUCAUGAUCUGUCCUUAUCGAAUGGUUGACUGUUCUCUGGGAUGUGGGGAAAAGAUUCGCUAUAAGGAAGUGGAAGCUCACCUGCUCAGUGAUUGUCCAAAGCGGAAGGUCAGUUGCCAGUAUUGCAAAAAAGAAGGUCCUCAUGACAUCAUAACAAGCAGUGCUCAUCUUAAUGAGUGUCGUUAUUAUCCAAUCAAAUGCUCUAAUGAAGGUUGUGAAUUUAUUCGAGAACGCUUUUGGUUUACACAUCAUGAGCAAAAUUGUCCUAAAGCUAUUAUUUACUGUGAAUACAGUAAUUUAGGAUGCAAAAAAUUAAUAAAAAGAGAAGAGCAAGAAAAGCAUAAUGAAGAAUCCAUGAAAGAGCACUUGCAAAUGGCCGUCAAACGAGUUGAUACUCUGCAGACGAAAUGUGCUGGUGUGAAAUGCGCUGGUAGUUCAAGUUCCCAUGUCUUCAAAAUGAAUGAUCCAUCCUCCUAUAGAUAUAAUGAUCUGGUGUGGUAUAGUCCAUCAUUUUAUACCUCACCAGGUGGGUAUAAGAUGAUGCUUUGUGUAUAUGCUAAUGGUCGUGGCAGAGGAAAAGGCACUCAUGUGUCUUGUUAUACUAGUCUUGUUCCUGGGGAGUAUGAUGAUGAGCUGCAGUGGCCAUUUGAAGGAGAAGUUACAGUAGAGCUACUAAACCGUUAUGAAGAUGAAAAUCACAAGAAGCUUAUUAUCAAAUAUGAUGACUCAACUCCUGAGGAUUGCAAGGAAAGGGUGACAAAAACAAUGUCACAAAGGUGGGGGAAAGAUCAAUUUUUUGCUCAUUCUGAUUUUCAAAUGAUGUGGGAUGUAGAUUAUGGUUUUCUGGGUCCGUGGUAUUUCAGAGUCAGUGCAAGAGUCACUUCUAAGACUAAACCAUGGCUUGUAUAGUGUUAUAAAAGCAUGUCUAUUUGUCUUUCUUUUUUUCUUAAGUUUGUUAACAUUAAUUAUUUAAUUAUUAACAAUUUUAAUAACUCCUCCAACAUGGCUGCUCUUACAGAAGAUUCCUAUGGUGGAUAUGAUUAUACUUUUGUCAAUGGUGAUCCAUCUAGUAACUACAUCUGCCAUAUUUGUACUCUAGUAUCCUGUGAUCCUCAUCAAGUCUCCUGCUGCUACAACAUAUUCUGUAAGACUUGUCUGGAGACACAAAUCAAGCAAGGGAUUAACAUUAACUGACCUAUGUGUCGUGAGCCAAUGGGUACCAAUAGCUACUUU